CCUGUGUGCAAAGUUUAUAUCUGUAACGUGAUGUCAAGAUUUAGUCGCUGGUCAUCUGAGGAUAUGAAGCCUGCUCCUCCAACAUUACCAUGUGUUCCUCUCCAACCCACUGCCCUCAAAGAUAAAGCUACAGUAUCUACAUUUGUUGAUUCAACAUUUCUGCCUACCGUAAAAACUGCAACUUCUACUCAAACAUUUGGUGAAAAGUUAUCAAAGCAUCCAAUCAAAAAUGAUGCAAUUUUCUCUAAAGCAGUAGGAAACAACCUCAAACCUGAAAAAUCUACAUGCAGUUUGAGAAAACUCAGCACAUCUAUUCUGGCCUCAACUGACAAAGCAUUUUGCCAUUAUCAAUCAAUUGGUGAAAUCCCCGUUGGAAAUAAAACUAAAUUAGCUCCCACUUUUGAAGUACAGUGCUGUUAUUCAACUAAAGACUCUGUAGAAGAGAACAAGUUGAAUAGUGAAUUCAUUUCCACUAAAACAGUUGCUACCUGCUCGCCUGAAUCUCUUCCUUCAGCUAAAUUAACUUAUAUCCAAAAUGUGUCUAAAAAUGAUAAUAAGGCUGCAAAAAGUGAGCACUCAAAUCUACUCAAUCCUGAAAAUCCGGAAAUUUUGACAGGAAAGCCAAAACAAAAUCUCAAUGCUGCCGACAGUUUGUCCAAGUCAUUUCAUUUUGAUCAUGGUUUACUUACAUCAUUUGACAAUGCAUCCAUCAAAUCCAGAAAAAGUGCAAGUGAAAAUUCCUCAGCAACACCUCAAAUAGGUUGUUUGUCAAAGAUUUUAAAUAACACUCCAGCAGAUUAUGCAUUGAGUAGAUUGCAACCUUCUGUUCCCACACAGAUGAAUAAAAUUUCUUUGAACCUUAAGAGCAACAUAUCUUCUGGUAGGCACAUUUUCCUUCCUGGCAACAUGCCUCAUCAAACUAAUAAAGUGAAUAAUAUUGUGUAUAAAGUAGGUAAUUCUUCAUUUGAUGAAGAUGACACUGAAGUUGAAGAUUUUCUCAGCCCUUCCGAUAGAUGGGCUUCCCAACCCAAGAGUUACAGAGGUCCUAGAAAAGACUUGUUGGCUCUGAAUAGAAGAAUGGUCAAGCGGGUUGCAAGCGUACACUAUCCCGACACAACAACUGAUGGUGAAACAAGUGGAAUGGGAAGCUCUUUGGAUGAGCUUGUUGAAUCAUCCACUGAAAGUGCAUCUGAAUCCUCAUGUUCAUGUGCAGUUGAUAGCACAUUACAAAACUUGCCUUGCCAAUUCAGAACUCAUGCCAAUAAGUCUGAGUCUAGUGAGAAUAAGACCAUUUGGGAGAUGUCACUCAGCUCAUUGAGUAGCUUGAAGGAUUUUCCUUUGACCCAGGAGUCCUUAGGAAAUAAACCUCAGCAUUGCUCUUCAAUUAAUCUUGAUAUGUCUCAUUCUACUCAAGAUGAGAGAAGUUCUCUUUUAUUUAUUCCUUUGCCUUUAUCCUGUCAAGACCCACAAGCAAGCAAGUCAGUUGAUUUUCAAGUGAAUCCUUGUCACUCCGCAUCAUCACUUCGAAAUAAAUCUCGCAGUGCCAUAUCACGAUCUGCCCUUGCCAGCUGCUCGGCUGAUGUUGGUGAUGGAAAUAAAUGCUUUACUGAUUCGUCCUCAGCUCUACCAAAGUGCCCGCCAGUAAAGAGACGUGGAGGAUGGCCUAAAGGAAGGAAAAGGAAACCAGAAAUUCCUGGCGCUAAACCUCCUAAAGCUCCUCAAACUGCCUAUGUCCUUUUUCUGGCUGAUAGACGCAAGUUUUAUGAUCCCCACAAAUACAGCUUUGGAGAGAUUACCAAACUUGUAGCAGCUGAAUGGAACUGUCUAGCUCAGCCUCAACGAGAUGUAUACAAGAGGCGCUGUGAGCAAGAGAAGAACAGAUACCGCAAUGAACUCCAAGCGUACAGGCAAAGCCAUGAUUUUCAGCUCAUCAUGCGAAAAAAACGACUGAAGCGAGCCUUGAGUGGGAGAAACCCUGAGGACUCCUCUGACUGCACUGAUGGGCCAGAGGACGAUGCUCCAGAGGAGCUGUACUGCAGCAAGUGUGACAAGCUCUUCAGCUCGCUGCAUAACAAGAGGCUUCAUCUCUACGGCCGCCCCCACAACAGGGCGCAGCCAGUCCGCAAAGCCCGCAAUUCCGCGCCAUCUUGUGGUGCAGAUUAUAACACAGACUAUAACACAGAUAACACAGACUAUGAUGAAGCUAGUACUGCUUCACUACACCAUUCUAUGGUGCCUCAUCGCUCUUCCUCCACCACAUCACCUUCCACUUCACCAUUCCCCCUCACGGCCUCCUCCCCCGGCACCAGUGUGCCCGCCACAUCCGCGUCAGAAGACGACGAACUUCCCGUCUCCAGCGCCAGGAGGGAGCAGCUCCAUGCUCCUAAUUAUGGAGAGAGCUGCGUGGCCAGCAUCGCUGAGGAGGCCAACGACGGGGACAUGGAGGACGAGGCCACUGAGGCCACUGGCCGCCCCAGCGUGGCCGCCUUGAGGGCCCAGCUUAUUGAGCGUGAGCAAGAAAUCAAGCGCCUGCACUUGGCCAUGCAGGAGUCGCGGGCGCAGCGCGCUAUCCUGCUUCAGACGCUCGAAAAAGAAAGAAUGAAGCGCGUCGAGAGAAGCGCCGCGCUUCAAGAUGGUGCUUCUUCUGAUCCUCAAUAUGGCAAGAGCUCUUCACUGCUCCCAAGUUGUAGUUCUUCCUUAGCUCCUAAGUUUGUUGAGCCACAAAACAUCCUGACCGAUGGAGUUGGACGAAACUGUCCUCUUGACGCCACGUUAUCUGACGCCGCCAGCGCGCCGACGCGAGCAAAGGCUUCCCGCGCCGCUAAAGAUAAUUUAGCGACGCUUGUGGAUGUUGCUCACGCAAAGAAAUAUGAAGGUCAAGGAUGCUCCGAAAAUCGAGCGCUUUGUGAGAAUUACAUCAAGCUUGUAGAAAAUCCUUUCCUGCAAAAUCAGAAGGCAGAAUUGUCUUUGAAAAGUAUGGAAAAAAUUAAUACCAUUGUUCCAAAAACAAAUUAUGUGUUGGCUUCAUUAGCAGAUGGUGUAAAUACAACUCAAACUAUGUUUCUCAAUGAAGAUAUUGAUGGGAGUCAUGCAGAUGCUUUUUUGCCUACCGCCUUGGAAGCAAGCGCCAGUGGAUCAACAGAGCAGAGAGAAGCUUUCGUACGAGAAUGUCAUAAUAAAAAAAUGUUACGUAAUGUUAAUAUUUUCCCAUCUGAUAGGUCAAAAACUCAACCUAUUUCUUCUAUGUUGUCUUAUGCUACGCUUGUUCUAGAUCAAUCAAUUGACUGCGGAACUUCAGCUAGUUUUUCCCUUAACAAAUCUCAAACUGUUGCUGCCUGCAAACAAAGCAACGCACUUCCUUCGCUUGCGCCUCUUCUCGAUCACGAUUACAUCAAAAAUGUCUCUUCUUCGCUCAAUUUUUCUUGCGGGCUGUCGUGUCUGAGUAACACUGCCAACAUCUUCGAUCUCACGUCUGAUACAUCCGUGAUGCGCCAAGCAAGUGAAUGUGACCAUCUGAACACUGCGGGGCCAUCUACUGUACCACAAGACAUAACAUCGUCAUAUCAGUCCAUUGGAACUAACGAGCUCUUGCAUUCGACCCAUGAGCAUGACACUGUUCGAGUCAUAGAGGAAAUAUCUGUGGAUUCUGCUCAAAGUUACGGAAAUUCUUUUGAUUUGAAUCUUAGCAACCUUGACCAAGAAGCGAACCCUUACCUAAGCUCCAUUAACCUUAACGAAUACAAUGCGAUCGCUCCACUGUCAUCAGUCUGUAAAAUUGGCAAGGACAGAACUGAUCCCUGUCAGUCUAGCCCUUGUAUUCUUACUCAUACAAUGCCAAUGAAGAAAAUACAAAACACCUUCAGAUAUGAGAAAGAUUCAUUGCACAGCGUCUUCUUAAAUGCAGCCCGCAACAAAAGUCUCUGCGAUGUCAUCGACGUCACCGAUACUGAAGACAGCUGCUCCGACUCCGUGGGCACCAACGAGACUUUCAACGGACUAAGUCUGGGCGACUCUCUGCUAGAAGAUGGCAGUCUCCGGGCAGAAUAUACGAUUCAUUCGUCGAGUAAUUCGAACGAAAGAUUUUCCGAUAAUAUUUAA